ACGACAUGGUUCAACUGUUCCCCCGGCCGUUCAAGGGUAUCAUCACUGGCGACAAACCAGAUCCAUCAGUAACUGAAGUUCAAAUCCUUGGCGCCGGGGUGGGACGUACAGGAACUACCUCACUACAUCAAGCUUUGGUUACGCUGGGUUUUGGGCCCUGCCACCAUGGGUUCUCAUUGCAUACAUAUCCCCAGCAAAGUAUUGCAUACCUCCGUACAAUAGGCAAGCCGAAUGCCGACUACGGAGCACUGCUCCGCGGUUACCGCUCAGCAAUUGACUUGCCAGAUUGCUUUCUCCUUCCCGAAAUGAUGGCUGCCUUCCCGAAGGCCAAGGUCAUCCUCACCGUCCGCGAUUCGCCUGAGGUCUGGCUCAAGUCGUGGAACAAUACCUUGGCGCGCAUGGCCACCGUUCACUUCUUCUUGCUGGUUCUCCCAUUACGAUCGGUACGCUUGGCCACACUCGUCGUAUUAACGGUGGGAAAGUUCCGCUAUCCCAAUGUGCCUCCGAAAGACCUCUUCAAUGCCGAAGCAUACAAGAAGCACAAUGAUUGGGUUCGAAGCAUUGUUCCCAAGGAAAAACUCCUGGAGUUCAACGUCAAAGAAGGAUGGGAGCCGCUCUGCAAGUUUCUCGAGGUAGAGGUCCCGGACGUACCCUUCCCGCGCACGAACGAUACUGCGUUCAUCAAUAAGCAAAUUAACGACACAAUGGUGUUGGGUCUGAUGACGUGGACGGUGAUUUUGGCUGGCAUUGCAGGAUCGGCGUACUGCAUGUGGACAGAACAAUGGCGCUGGCCGCUUGAACUGGUGCGGGACAACAUUCUGCAUUUACACGAUAUUCUGUAG